AUGGCGACCAAGGUGGCUCCCGGCUCUCAGGGAAGUGCCGAGCGUGAGGAGGGCCCUGGGGUUUCUUAUGCGAGUAUCCUUAACCCUAAAGCUGCUGAGGGUACCAAGGACAUUAAGGAUAAUAAUAAGGAAAAUAUUGGCGAGGUGGCUCCUACUACUGGAAAGGACCGUCUUGUUUCCACACACAGCCCUAAAGGCAAAUCCUAUCAAAAGAAUGGAAGAAGAUUUAAUAUCCAGCCACAGUCAAAAUCAGAACGAUGUCCACAACCUUCUUCGGAGGCAGUUAAUAAGAAUGUGGGGGUCGUAACGAUGCCUAGUGAAAAUUUAAAGCAACAAAAUGAGGUAGCACGUGGUGGUACGGAGGUGUUGAACAAUGGUGAUCUGGGUAGCGAUGGAGAGUUUCAGACAGUUGCACCAAAGAGUGCACGUAGGAAGGAGAAACAACGUGAACACCGUGAUCAUCGUGAUCGUCAUCGCCAUCGUGAGAGACAUCAGCAGCCACGAAAUCACAGUGGAGGUAGUAAUGAAAGAUCACACAAAGACAAGGAGCGUAGUGAGAAAAAUUCCUCGGAUCAUGUCCUUGCAAAAGAGGGGUCUAGAGAUAAAGAGGAUACUGGAUUAGAUCCAGAAACAGAAGCACAGCCUGUAAAAUAUGUAGAGGCACCCUUGCCAGCUGUUAAUCCAUGGACAAAAAGUAAAGCUCCGGUAGUUCCUUUAAUAUCCAUAGCCCCACAACCACAGCCACCUGCGCAGCCUCCUGCAAUUGCCAAUUCCUCGAUAGACAAACAGGCUGAACGAGAGAAGAGGGUAUUACAGCCACAGCAACAAAGAGGGAAAGCUGAAAAUGGUGCUUCCACUGGGGUCCAGCCAACGAUCGUCAAGGCGCCCAAGGACAGAAGAAAAUUUAAUCAGAGGGCGAGCGACUUCACGGAUAUAGGAGACUGGCCGUCGCUUGGUGCUCAAGGAGAGAAGAAAGCUGCGGUGGCGACGCCUAAGCAGAACGGCACCCUGGAGCAGAGCGUCCCCAAGGAGAGCAACAACACGAACGUGCUUGAGAAUAGUAAAGGCAAGGAGAACAAGGAGCAGAAUCACUGUCAGGAUGACAGCGACGAACAUACGGAUGGGAGCGAGAAGAAGAAGAAGGCGAACAAGCAGAAGUGGGUGCCGCUGGAGAUCGACCUGGCCAAGAACAGAGGAAAGAGAGAAAGAUCGCCAAAGUAUCACAGUCAAAGAGAUAAAAAUGGCGAAACAGAUGAGAAUUGGAGAGAUAGGGAUCACGACAGAUCCAGCAGUUACAGCUUCAGGGGUGGUCGGGGAGGAAGCCGAUACAGAGGUCGAGGUGGUCGAGGUUCGCGUGGGGCAUCCAGAGGAUUCAGGCCAAGACACGAUCCCGAGUAUUCCGAUUAUCCUGCAGACUUUUCCCAGAUUAAUAAAUUUGGCAGUACGGACCCCUCGUUCAUGAUGCCAUACAUGGGGACUUUCUAUUUCAACAAUACCAGUUACGUUAAUCUCGACACAACGACCCUCAAGGAGUACAUAAGGAAACAGAUAGAGUACUACUUUAGCGAGGAAAAUCUACUGAGGGACUUUUUCCUGCGACGUAAAAUGGACGCUCAGGGUUUCCUACCGAUCACACUGAUCGCCUCGUUUCAUCGAGUACAGGCUUUAACGACGGACGUGGGUCUGGUCGUGGAAUCCAUCCGAGAAUCCGAUAAAUUGGAAUUAGUAGACGGAUUUAAGGUUAGGACAAAGAUAGAUCCAUUGAAAUGGCCGAUACUGGAUGCUGCGGGAAAUCCAGUCUAUCCUUACUUGUGCGAAAUGCCAGGUCCGUCCCAUAAUGAAAUAAUACUCCCAACACCACAGCCAGAGUUUAGUCCCAUGUCGAAACCUCUUACCGCAAUUCCUGUGCCUCCUGUACCCCGUGUGAUCCAAACGAGCAACAGCACCUCGGCAACGGGGCGACUGAGCGAGUCGGAAAGCAUCUCCUCGUCAAUAGGUGAGAGCCUAAACCCCGAUGUGCCAGAGUUUGUGCCGGUCGUGGCGGCCGCCAAGCCCAAUGACUCCACUGUUAAUGACAAAGAGAAUGAUCGACCUAAGGAUGAAGACGUAACGGAAAAGCCAAAGAGUCCGACCUCGCAGGCGAGUAAAAUAUCAUCUACGUCGGCCAAGAGCGAGAGUCCUGCACCGUCACCCGAGGUACAGGUCAAUGGGGAGACACAGGUUCCAGCGGACAAUGCGUGGAGAGAAGUUAAAAGAAGAGUGAAGCACCCUCCUAAGGGUAAACCCGAAGGGAAGAAGAAUAUUUAUAGGAAGGGUGAGGAACGUGAAGAGCUGGACUUUCAGUUCGACGAGGAACUGGACACGCCACCUCCCACAGGACGUCACAACGCCUUCUCCGAAUGGUCCGAGGACGACGAGGACUAUGAGCUCUCCGACAGGGAUAUUAACAAGCUGCUCAUCGUCACACAAACCACAGCUGCCAUACCUUCAAGGAUUCCAAAGCACGAGGGUCACGACCGUACGGGCGACUGGACCACCAGAGUCAAAAUGACUCAGGAUCUCGAACAAGCUAUUAACGAUGGAUUGUUUUACUAUGAGGAAGAUCUCUGGACCGAGGAUGGACAACGGUACGGUUCGGUAUCCUCGGUGGGCAGUUACAAGACGGUUAACGUAAUCAGUCAGGAAGUCUUCGAGAAAAUGGCACCUAAAGCACCGCGUAAGGCAAAUCCGGAAGUUCCUCCACCACCACCCUCUACAGCAGAGGAUAUGGAUCUGUCGCAUUCACUUCCUACUCACAUGCCAAGUUCCUCGGAGGGUCACGACAGAAGGGAUCGUAGAGGAGGGGACAGGGCGCGUUUCAACGACAGAACCCGCGGUGCCAGAUGCGGCAGACGUGGUGCAGUCCCUCGCUUCUUUGCCGUCGUAAAGGAUGAACCUGCUGUUGAUCCCAGAACACCCAGGAAGCGUAAAACUCGUCACAGUAGCAAUCCCCCGGUGGAGCAUCACGUCGGAUGGAUUAUGGAUGUCAGAGAGCAUCGCCCGCGAACCUACUCAACUGGAAGUAGUACAGGCACUAGCCCAAACGAGGGCUACUUGGCAAGCAGCUACGGAAGUGCUCCACAAUCUUUACCGACCUUCCAGCAUCCGAGUCACGCUCUGCUGAAGGAGAAUGGCUUCACGCAGCAAGUGUAUCACAAGUAUCACUCGCGCUGUCUAAAAGAACGCAAGAGAUUGGGUGUUGGUCAAUCUCAAGAGAUGAACACUCUCUUCCGCUUCUGGUCGUUCUUCCUUAGAGAAAACUUCAAUCGUACAAUGUACGAGGAGUUCAGGGUUAUUGCCAAGGAAGAUGCUGGUGAAGGAUAUCGUUAUGGAUUGGAGUGUCUCUUCAGAUUCUACAGUUACGGCCUCGAAAGAAAAUUUAGGCCUCAGCUAUACAAAGACUUCCAGACCGAGACUGUUUGCGAUUAUGAGAACGGUCAGCUCUACGGACUCGAGAAGUUCUGGGCGUUUCUAAAAUAUUACAAACACGCUGACAAACUUCACGUGGAUGCCAAACUAAAUGACUACCUAUCCAAGUUCAAAAGUAUCGAAGACUUCAGAGUAGUCGAGCCUCAGAUAAACGAGAUGCUACAAGGAUUCGGCGGUAACCUUCGAUCGCAGGCGAUGAAGCGGCGUAACCGAAGCGUCUCCGAGAGUGCGGGGGGAGUCGAGGCGUCGCCAACGAGUCGAAUUCGCCGUCUGUCCGGCGGCUCUAGCACAGUGACACUGCCAACCAGUAAUACUGGAAACACAAGCACCCUCCACAAGCAUCAGCGUUCAGAUUCCGUGAAUCUAUCCCAAUAUCGUAACCGCGCCGACUCCUUUGGCUCGGGGAGGUUAGGCAGCAGCUGGCGAAGGAAUGACACGUCAUCCUGGAGCAGCCAGCGCGACCUGAGUAAGCAGCAGCAACAGCCACGAAGUAGACACAAUUCCGGCUCGUUCAUGAGACCCCAGGAAGUUACAAAGGGCCAGUCGUCCAGGGCAAAUGUGAAAAGCGAUCAGGGCAACAAAAGUUGCGGAUCCACGAAGCCCGAAAAUGCAUCAACCAGCCAAAAGUGAUCCCUCCUCUGGGUCUUUGGGCCAAGUCUCCAGCAUCGCCGCAUCUCGUCAUUGUAUUCAUUGUAUCACUACUAUCGAUACUGUUAACAAGACUGGUGGUUCAUCGCCAUUUAAUCAACAUCGCCGAUCACUGCUACCAACCGCUACAGACCCUGUUAUCACUUGGAUACCGAAACAUCUCCAGCACUGCCAGCUCUCUGCUCAUCACGCGACCGAGCUAGUCUUACAUUAUUUCUUUUCUUUUGUUAUGUCCAUCAAUAGUCAUCCAGGGUGAUUGGCUGUUCGAGUAAUAGCUUGACGGUUUAAGAGAUGAUUAAUUAACGAGUGACGAAAUUUAAUAAAAUGCAAUAUAUAUAUAUAUGUAUAGCGGCGGUUGAGCAGCGAACGAAUCACUAUGUAAUGAACUAUUUUUAUGCACAAAAACAAAAAAUCUGUUAUUCGCAUGCGAUCGACCAUAUUGAUAUUAAGAUUGUAUACAAGCAUUGAAAACGCAUUCGCUACGCGCUCACGCUAUUGCUCAUGAAGAAUAUGGAAGAUCAGUCUCUUGUAAAUAGCCGAAUAUUUUCGACGACUUUGGAUGCCGGUUUUCUUUAUCAUAAUUGUCUUUUACGUUUGUUCUCUUUUCUUUCUUCUUUUCUUUUCGGCAAACAUAUGUACAUGCUUACGCGAUUGCGGUUAGUUUUUAAAGCGAGUGACUAUUAUCAUUUAGAAGAGUGACGCGUCGCCGAUGCGCCGAAUGCACCGCACGCGUCUUACGGAUUUACUAAUUCUUAACGCGUCUUCGUUUCGAGUCCGUGAAAAAUUAAAUUUAGAAUUAGUUUGAUAAGUCUGUGGGAGUUUCCUCUCGUCAUGGCGUACACACGGUGCUUUCUGAUUUACUUUCAUUCGCCACGCACUUCGUCUUCUUCCUUAGACUGAGUCUUAUUAAUCGCAUCGACGCUUUACGAUCCGUUGUGCCAAUGUAAAUUUUGCUUUCUUUCCUUUCACUGUAAAAACACUCAUCAUUCUCUAGAGGCCCGCGUUCAUUGCACUUGUUGCGUAUAAUUAUCUUUUUUCGUUACCGUUGUUACCGUUGCUGUUGACUAUUUGCGGGCGUUGACUUUUUCUCUUGCGCACCUAGAAAGAAAAGAAAAUCUCCAAUGCAUCAUUUGCGGAUCACCAUUUUUUGGAUAUAUUUUGAUAUUGAAUAUUAAGUUUUUCUAAGCGAUUCCUUACUCUCCAAUUUUAUUGCUGUUGCUAAUGUCUUGGCGCUGUGGUAAAAAUUAAAUCGUACUAUAAAAAUAGAAGACUCACCCUUACACGGUUUAUGGGUAUGCCAUGAGGAUGAAGCUUCCAGCAUGUAAAAAAUAUACAUAUGAUUACUUAAUUACUAUCAUUUACUUAUACGUAUAGUGUUAAUCAUUAAUAAAAUUACAGUUAGGGCUUACACUUAUAAGCGGGUGGGGUUAAUGUUGGUAACAACUCAAAAAAUGUAUAAAAAAAUCUGCAUAUAUUAUAUAUAUAUAUAUAUAUUAAAGACUCACACGUCACACAUGUCAUCGAUUGAUCACAGGGAGUUGAUUGGUCCCAGCAAUAGCGUUCGUCGUAUCGAUGUAAAUGAGUUUUACCACGAGACCUUUAUAGAAACACUAUGUACCGUAGUUGUGCACAAUCAGACAACUCAAAAGACGAAACGGAUAACAUCGAUAGAGAAAACAAAACGAAAUCGUUCACACGUAAUCUGUAUAGACAUAUGAAAAAAGAAGCACUUAGCAUUUUAUAGAGUUAUUGAUAAUUCUGUUUUGUGUAAAAAAAAAAAAACGAACAACCAAAGCAUCCUGCUACCUUCAUUUGGCUUUGGGGUUCGAUCACGCCGAUCCCAAAACCAAUGACCCUACAUCCUACUACAAAAAAAAAUUAUCUGGACAAUCACUAUAAGAAUUUUCAAUAUGGCGUCAAAGUUCGAUAUUCGCUCCUAUCGGUUAUUUUCAUGCUCUCGUUUACCAUGUAAAUUCAGAAAUUCUUGCCUCACUGAGUUACAGUAGUGCCUUGGAACGAUGAAUCACUUUUAUUGGCGGAAGACACCUAUUUGUUUUGUUUUACUUUUUUUAUUACUAAAAAUAAAUUUUAUUUGUAAUCGAUCGAUAUUCUACAGAGCAUUGCAUAGAAACGGAUCCGCCAGAUGAAAGUAAAACAGAGAUUAAGAGUAGUUACCGCGUGCAGUGUGAGCAUAAAUAUCGAAAACAAAAAAAAAGAAUUGGGCACACCAACUAUGGUCUCCUUUACUAGAAGCAUAAAUAAUAAUAGUGUAAUAUCAUAUAAAUAUUGCGUAUGCCAUGUGUCGUCUCGAACAACUCAUGUGCAUAUAUUAAAAAUGUUCGAGACGACACAGUGGCGUAUUUUUAUACUACGUUUGUCGCAUGUAACUGCGAGAAUUUUCACGUGAAUUUAAUAACAAGAUAAUAAGGGAAAAGAGAUACGAGGAUAGAUUUACUAUUAUAACCUAGUCCUUUAUAAUAAGAAUAAGAAAAGGUGUGAGUAGCUGCAUAUUCUGGGAGGGCUUUUCAUUUAGCCAAGUACUAUUAGAUACGUGAAACUUGGUCAAAUUAAAUCAUCUUGUCUCUCGUGAUAAAUAAUUUACUCUCAUUUUUCUUUUUCUUCUUGCAUCAUUUUGCAUAAUAAUAUUCAGCGCGAUAUUUUUUUUGUCAUCCCCUCCAUGCGGGUGAUAACAAAUUUACAUAGGCAUACGUGGUUACAUCAUAGAUACAUAUACCGUAAGAGGAAUAGAUGAGUAAAGAACGAGAGAUUGUUUUUUUUUUCUUUUAAUGAAGUACAGUGAUAUGUAAGUCUUAAUUUAAAAAAAAAGAAUAUAGGAAAUUAUGCAGUUCUUUCCAUUUUGAUUGCGAAGUGUCUGAGUGUCUGGAUUUUCCUUCGGAAUCAUGUUACGUACGUGCAUACAUACAUUUGGGAGUUGUAACGUUUGUGAAUAGAAAGAAAGAUUGACAAAAAAAUAAAAUAAAAGGAAAAACACAAAAAAGAA